UCCGAAAUCAUUGAGUUUCCUGUGGUUAUGGUUGACGUGAGGCUGCAACGGGCUGUUGCCGAGUUUCACCACUUUGUCAAGCCCAAGGUUAACCCCAAACUGAGUGAGUUCUGCCGCCAAUUGACGGGCAUUCGACAAGAAGAUAUCGAUAACGCCCUGCCGCUGGAGGAUGUUAUUCGGCGAUUUGAACGAUGGCAUGCACAGACAGUCCCUCCCGGAUCUCGCACCAUGCUGGCCACGGAUGGUCCCACUGACCUGAAGGAAUUUAUGUACAUUCACAGCGUAUCGCGGCAAGGGAUUCGCUUUCCCAGUAUGUUUUAUCAAUGGAUUGAUGUGAAACGUUUCUUUGCACACUUCUUUCAGUGCCAGCAAGGCAAAAUAAAGGCGAUGCUUGAUGCGCUUAACUGCCCCUUUGAAGGACGGCUACACAGUGGCAUUGACGACGCAAGGAACGUUGCGACGAUUGUGAUACGCAUGCUUAAAUUGGGAUGCUCUUUUUGCGAAAUCCCGCUUAGCCGCCUGCCAUACGGUGCGACAGCUACGACGGCAAGCCUUGUGGCACCUGAGAUCACAACGACAGCGACAGAAACGGUAAAAUUGGACAAAAAUGACACGAAUGCCUCAUCAUCGUAA